AAAGCUAUAAAAAUAACAGAAAUCUAGUUUCGUAUUUUUUGUAUUUACUAGAAAUAAAGAAGUAGCGCAUGCAUACUUCAUACGUUUGUUAAUUGUUGCCUGGUAAUCUCUCGCUCUCGCCAGUAGACGGCACCCACGGACGGUAUCGUGUAGGCUGGUAUCACCGGUAUCACCCGACAAUCGCAAAUCGAGUGAGAGAUUCGCGUACGAGCUGGUACGAGCAAGUGGUACAUAAUAAUAAUACAAUAUUAUAAUAUAUAAAUUAAACAUAAAAAUGACAGAAACUAAAGUUAUUAUUGACUGUGGCGGUGGCAUAGAUGAUGCAUAUUCAUUACUACUAUUACUUAAUGCUCAUAAACACAAGCUAAUUCAAAUCGAGGCAAUUACUUGUGUCAACGGAAAUAUGCUGGUAGAGGGUGUUGUAAAAAAUGUUUUCAGAGCUUUGACUUUCUACAGGUCGCCAGAUAUACCAGUCUUCCAGGGCGCGAGUGUCCCACUACUUAGUAAUGUAUGUGAAAAUAUUCAAAAAAUGACCAAUGAUAGAUACGACGGUAAUUAUGGGCGUCAAAUUGCAUGUACAAGUGCGGACACAAGAACACUGAGAAAGGAACAUGCUGUGUCUGCAUUAAAUAGAAUUGUAUCAGAAUAUCCUAAUCAAGUCGAUAUUUUAUGUCUGGGUCCUUUAACCAAUAUAGCAUUAGCAAUAAAAAUGUACCCCAAAUUCGCCUAUAAUGUGAGAAAGAUGUUCGUUAUGGGAGGGAAUUUACCAACAUCGGCAAACAGCACACCCGAAGUAGAAUUCAAUUUUUACAUGGAUCCAGAAAGUGCAUAUAUUGUUUUGACCAAUUCUGUAAAGCCACUUUGGUUAUUACCACGGGAAACAUGUUUAAAGUCUAGUAUUUCACAUGAAUGGAGAAAAAAUGUAUUAGGUGUAAUACAAAAUCAGUAUGUUUACUUUAUAAAUUAUCUCGAAUAUGGUCGCAAAAAACCAAGCAAUGAGAAGGGUUUAACAAAUUAUAUCAUUUACGAUGCAGUUUUAGCUGCGAUGUAUUUAGUGCCAACAAUUGCUACCAAUAUACUUCCGCGUUAUGUUGAAAUUGAGUUAAAAGACAAUACGCAACGUGGUCUGGUUAAAUACAAUCAUUUAUUAAAUAGUAUACCCAAUGUACAGCUGAUUGUAAGUUUUGAUUCAGAAUUUUUUAAAAAUCUUUUAUUAUUUGCAGCUAAUUCAUUGUAA